CCUCUCCCUCUCUGGCCGCCGCGUGCUCGCGGCUUCAUCUCUUCGACGAGAUCGACCCCGGCUGCUUCGCAGCGACGUAGGCGUGGUGCCCCGGAGAGGCGUGUGUGAGGCAGGAGGAUGUCCAUGGCUGCUCUUCUUCUGCUGCCGGAGGAGCUCGAGGUCUCCGCCGGUCGCUGUCUGCAGUGGACCUGUGCAGAGGAGCAACAGGUCUCCACCAGCGAGCGGUAUGCAGGGGAACGUGCUCACAACAGAUUCUGGUCGAUGCUGACGGGAGGAGCACGCUGCGUCGAGCAGGCCACGCCGCGCCGCGGGAGGAGCAGUCUGUUGUUGAGGCAGGGUCUUGGGCGAGGGAGCUCCUCUUCCUCUACCCCUUGCCAAGGCCGGCAGACUCCAGUACGGCGCUGCGGCACGGGCGGGAUCGUGGAGGCGGGAGCAGCCAACUCGGCGGGGAAUCGGUUGGAGCGGACAAUCUGGUUGGCAGCCUCUGACUAGGGGGUAGCUGUGAGUGAACAAGGCUGCUUGGCAAAUGAAGAAUUGAGGACUUGAUUAUUUUACGACGGGAAGCUGCUAUGCUAUAGACAAAUUGGUCUGGAAUUAUUUAUUGUGAUACUUCAACAAGCAAUGUUGUACUGCUGUGCUGCUCAGGUUUUUAUGUGAACUUUUCAUGUAGUAUAUCAAUAAUUUUGACAACAACUGCUGGGCUGCUAUUAGAGGAUUCAGAACAUGAAGAAGGCACAGGUUCAUGUAGAUUAACAUGACGAGACGGUGAAUAUACCCAGUAAAUGCUCCAGAGUAUUAGCAUUCGAUGGAGCCGGAAACAAUGUUUGCAAAUGUUUUCCACUUGCAGAAGCAGCCACGUUACUGACUAUAUUUAGCCAACUGCAGAUCAAUUACUACUUUCAGUUCCGAAGUGGUGUGCAUAUAUUACAGAGUUGUACAGUACUGAAUUUUGGAACUUGUCUU